GUAACCCAUAAUUAUAUGAGACCCCUCCGACCUUAUUCUUGAUAAUAUAAAUAUAACUUCAACUAUUACCUAUUUGAUAUCGUUCAUUAUACUUGCCAUCGAAAUGAAAAUCAUCAUCACAGGCGCCACAGGAUUCGUUGGGGGCGAGGUGGUCCGACAGGCGAUUGCAGAUGAGGGGAUCACACAGGCGUUCGUCCUCACUCGCAAGCCGCUACCCGAGGACCUCUCGAAGAAUACGAAACUCACCAUAAUCGAGCACAAGGACUUUUCCACUUACCCACCCGAGCUUUUAGCGCAGCUCACCGGCGCGGAGGGUUGCAUUUGGGCCAUCGGAGGCCGCGCCACGCAGUUUCCGGACGUGGAGACCGCGCGGAAAGUCUCGGUAGACUACACCCUCGCCGCGGCGAAAGCUUUUACCGAGCUGGCGUCGAAGUUGCCGGAGGGGUCUCAAAAAUUCCGAUUUGUCUUCUGUAGCGGGAAGUUUGCCGAGUGGGACCAGAAUAAGAACUUGAAGAUGAUGAAGGAUACUAGACUUAUCAAGGGACAAGUCGAGAAAGGUCUUUUUGAUAUCGCGGAGGCCAACAAAGAUACGUUCGAGGUUUGGGCCGUGCGACCCGGUGGAAUCGUGAGAAAGUACGCCGGGUUGAUAAACGCGCUUACUGCUAACACGAGCGGAUUCAUCACGGUGGACCAUCUUGCUAGGGCUAUGCUGAAGAUCGCGCUUAAUGGCCAUGCCAACCGGAUUAUUGAAGCUGAUGAGCUUUUGAAGAUCUGAUUACGCUUGCGUGCUAUGGAAAUUGCCUUGGAUGAGCUUCCUGGACUGUGACGUUUUCGUGGUGGGUGGUUGGGUGUUACCCCUGAGCAGGACAUGACACUGUAGUAAGGAGAUGUAUAUCAACGAGAAUCACCCCUUUUAUACAUUAGUGCAC